GCAGAGUCUCCGAGGAGCGCGCUCGCAGGCGGCCAGCGCCGUCGCGUCACGUGACCCGGAUAAUUGGCACAGCGCGCCGCGCACCCCCUGCGCGCACUCCCCCGACCUGCAGACUCCGGACCGCACUGCCGCGCGGAACCCCACCGGCCGGAAUGAAUCAGCUGAGGCUGCUGCCAUCCCGGCUGGGGGCACAGGCUGUGAGGCUUCUGGCCCCAUGUGAUGUCCAGAUGUUCAGCUGGCGCAGCAGGUCUGGGCCACCGGCCACGUUCCCGAGCAGCAGAGGUGGAGGCAGCUCUAGUUACAUGGAGGAGAUGUACUUCGCCUGGCUGGAAAACCCCCAGAGUGUACACAAGUCCUGGGACAGCUUCUUCCGGAAAGCCAGUGAGGAAGCGUCUUGUGGUCCGGCUCAGCCACUGUCCCCCUCUGUUGUCCCUGAGAGCAGGCCAGCAGUCUCAAGCCGAACCAAGAGCAGCAAGUUGGUGGAGGACCACCUGGCUGUGCAGUCCCUCAUCCGGGCCUACCAGAUCCGGGGACACCAUGUGGCCCAGCUAGACCCCCUGGGCAUUCUGGACGCAGACCUGGACUCCUUUGUGCCCUCCGACUUAAUCACAACCAUUGAUAAAUUGGCCUUUUACGACCUACGGGAGGCUGACCUGGAUAAGGAGUUCCAGUUGCCCACGACCACCUUCAUCGGGGGCUCUGAGCACACCCUCUCUUUGCGGGAGAUCAUUCGGCGCCUGGAGAGCACCUACUGCCAGCACAUCGGCCUGGAGUUUAUGUUCAUCAAUGACGUGGAGCAGUGCCAGUGGAUCCGGCAGAAGUUCGAGACCCCUGGUGUGAUGCAGUUCUCCAGUGAGGAGAAGCGGACACUCCUGGCCCGGCUGGUGCGCUCCAUGAGGUUUGAAGACUUCCUGGCCCGGAAAUGGUCCUCAGAGAAGCGGUUUGGCCUAGAGGGCUGUGAGGUCAUGAUUCCUGCCCUGAAGACCAUCAUUGACAAAUCUAGUGAGAUGGGGAUUGAGAAUGUCAUCCUGGGGAUGCCACACAGGGGCCGGCUGAAUGUGCUGGCUAACGUCAUCCGCAAGGACCUGGAGCAGAUAUUCUGCCAGUUUGACCCCAAGCUGGAGGCAGCCGAUGAGGGCUCCGGAGACGUUAAAUAUCACCUCGGCAUGUACCAUGAGAGGAUCAACCGGGUCACAAACAGAAAUAUCACUCUGUCACUGGUGGCCAACCCCUCCCACCUGGAAGCUGUGGACCCUGUGGUGCAGGGGAAGACGAAGGCAGAGCAGUUCUACCGCGGGGACGCCCAGGGCAAGAAGGUCAUGUCCAUCCUGGUCCAUGGGGAUGCUGCCUUUGCAGGCCAGGGUGUGGUGUAUGAGACCUUCCACCUGAGUGACCUGCCCUCUUACACCACCAAUGGCACCGUGCAUGUCGUUGUCAACAACCAGAUUGGCUUCACCACAGACCCCCGAAUGGCCCGCUCCUCACCAUACCCCACUGAUGUGGCCCGUGUGGUCAACGCUCCCAUCUUCCACGUGAAUGCAGAUGACCCAGAGGCCGUGAUAUACGUGUGCAGCGUAGCGGCAGAGUGGAGGAACACCUUCAACAAAGACGUUGUUGUAGACCUGGUCUGUUACCGCCGGCGUGGCCACAAUGAGAUGGACGAGCCCAUGUUCACGCAACCGCUCAUGUAUAAGCAGAUCCACAGACAGGUGCCUGUGCUGAAGAAGUACGCGGACAAGCUCAUUGCUGAGGGCACGGUCACCCUGCAGGAGUUCGAGGAAGAAAUUGCCAAAUAUGACCGGAUCUGUGAGGAGGCGUACGGCAGGUCCAAGGAUAAAAAGAUCCUGCAUAUAAAGCACUGGCUGGACUCCCCCUGGCCCGGCUUCUUCAAUGUGGAUGGGGAGCCCAAGAGUAUGACGUGCCCGGCCACAGGCAUUCCUGAGGACGUGCUGACCCACAUCGGCGACGUGGCCAGCUCUGUGCCCCUGGAAGACUUUAAGAUCCACACGGGCCUCUCUCGCAUCCUUCGGGGCCGUGCAGACAUGACCAAGAAGCGGACGGUAGACUGGGCCCUGGCAGAGUACAUGGCCUUCGGCUCCCUGCUCAAGGAGGGCAUCCACGUGCGGCUCAGCGGGCAGGACGUGGAGAGGGGCACAUUCAGUCACCGGCACCAUGUUCUCCAUGACCAGGAAGUGGACCGGAGGACGUGCGUCCCCAUGAACCACCUUUGGCCUGACCAGGCCCCGUACACCGUGUGCAACAGCUCCCUCUCGGAGUAUGGAGUGCUGGGCUUUGAGCUGGGCUAUGCCAUGGCCAGCCCCAACGCCCUGGUCCUCUGGGAGGCUCAGUUUGGCGACUUCCACAACACGGCCCAGUGCAUCAUCGACCAGUUCAUCAGCACCGGUCAGGCCAAGUGGGUUCGGCACAACGGCAUCGUGCUGCUGCUGCCCCAUGGCAUGGAGGGCAUGGGCCCGGAGCACUCCUCAGCCAGGCCCGAGAGGUUCCUGCAGAUGAGCAAUGACGACUCUGAUGCCUACCCGGCCUUCACCGAGGACUUUGAGGUGAGCCAGCUCUACGACUGCAACUGGAUUGUGGUCAACUGCUCCACCCCCGCCAGCUACUUCCACGUGCUGCGCCGGCAGAUCCUGCUGCCCUUCCGCAAGCCGCUGAUCAUCUUCACUCCCAAGUCUCUGCUGAGGCACCCAGAGGCCAAGUCCAGCUUUGACCAAAUGGUGUCCGGGACCAGCUUCCAGCGGGUGAUUCCUGAGGACGGAGCCGCAGCACGAACCCCUGAGCAGGUGCGGCGGCUCAUCUUCUGUACGGGAAAGGUGUACUAUGACCUGGUGAAGGAGCGGAGCAGCCAGGGCCUGGAGGGGCAAGUGGCCAUCACACGCCUGGAGCAGAUCUCUCCAUUCCCCUUUGACCUGGUCAAGCGAGAGGCAGAGAAGUACCCAGGCGCAGAGCUGGUGUGGUGCCAGGAGGAGCACAAGAACAUGGGCUACUAUGACUACAUCAGCCCGCGCUUCAUGACCAUCCUGCGCCGGGCGCGGCCCAUCUGGUAUGUUGGCCGGGACCCAGCGGCUGCACCAGCCACAGGAAACAGGAACACUCACCUGGUGACUCUGAAGAAGUUUCUGGAUACUGCCUUCAAUCUUCAGGCCUUUGAGGGCAAGACUUUUUAGAGCUGGGCAAGGCCUGCCCGGGGCUCGCAUGGGCUUAGCUGGGGGUGUAAGGGCUGCUGAGGGGAAGGUCGGUGAGCCUGCACCGGAGAGGUCUGCCGGGGGCUCCAGGGGAAAACAUACUUAUGCAGUGACUGAGGCCAGAGUAGGCACUGCUGCCUUUGCCUUUCUGCUGAUUUCAGAAUCUGGUAGGACCAAGAAAGCCAGAGGGGGCGAUAGAUGGGAUAUCAUUCUGCGGUGUUUCCCCAGCUGCCCUGGUCUUUCUGGGAUUUAUGUGUGGCUUUCCCAUCUGUGUCAUUCGCAUCUCUCGCAGCCACUCAGGCGCCCAUGUCUUGGGUCUCUCAUCCUAGCGCAUCAGGCUGCUGCUCACUCUGUCCUCGUUCAUCCGUAGAUUCAAGGAAUUUUUUUUGUGCUCUUAGAAAUAGAGAUUUCAGCAAUGACAACCAGGUGAAGCAAAACCGUGCCAGCUGAUUCAUACGUGCUCUGUUUUAUGGGUGUGUCAUGAUGAGACGUGUCAGCUUCUGUGUGACGUACAGCCAACCACAGCUCACGUGCACCAAACUAGAAAACCAAAUAACAGAGAAAUUAAAAAAAUGCUUGAGAGAUUUCUGUUUUCAUUUCCUGUUGCAAAACUGGGGGGAGAGGUAGAUGGUUUAGAGAAGGUGCGGAAUGGGGAGAAGAAAAAGGUAAACAUGGAGAGUAUAAAAUACCUGCUUCCAUGAGACACUUUCCUUUGAGCACCAGGCAGUGUUUGCAGACCUGUUGGUGUCUCCACUCUUCGGCCUUUUGUUGGUUUUGCUUCCCCACAAAGAUGCCGGGGAAGCUGCAUCACAGGAGGGAUGUUUUGCUUUGUGCAGAUCAUUUAUUCAUUUGUCCCCUUCUCAGAGUACUUCCUCUGUGCUCUACUCUGGGCCCAGGGUGAAGGUGUGUGUCUGUGUGCUGGCUCUUCCAUUCAGGAGUCCAGUGGGGAGAUGUGUAAACAGUUUUAGUCGCUGAGUUACGAGUUAUAUUGGAGGUAAGUGUGGAGGAUUGUGGGAGUCCUGCAAAGGUGCCCUGGAGGAGAUGAUGUUUGAAGGAAGAAGAGUCUCACGGGAGAACAUGGGAGAGAUGAGCCUUCUGUGGAGCAGCCCAGAAAUACUGGCCAAGGGAUUGGGGCGGGGCAACCUGAAGGAAAAAUCUGCCUGAAGUUGGAGAACAGUGUUAAGUUCCAUCAGCCUCAAAUACAGCUUGUUAGGGUACCCUCUGAAUCACAGUGUUGGAGCAUUCUAAGUGACAUAAAGUAGAAAUAAUUACAGCUGCCUUUGUAGUGUGUCUGUUGGGUCCUGAGCCUUUUACUGGACAUUUUGCAUAUAUUGCUAAAUACGAUUUAACCUUCACUGUCACUUGCAUGCUGGGAAUAUCGAGGUUCACAUGAAGUUAUUUGUCCAGGGUUACUCACCAGCUAGACGUGGCCUCUGUCCCUAGGACCACACUACUUCCCUUGGGAAAUAAGCUCUUUCCAAUAGCAUGUAUUCCUGGCCCCAUGGAGAUCCAGCAGCCCCGGCUCUCCCUGCAGUUGGGUGGUGACAGUGAGCAGGGAUGCAGGCGCCUGGGCUAGAUGGGGAGCCCUCGUGCUUUGCAGCUGAAUGGUUGGCACAUUCUGUCCGUAGCACAUUCUGCCCUUUCCUCACUCUUAUGUAGGAAGGCUGCAGAGCGCUAGUGAGGACCAAAUUCUGAGACCACACCAAGGAAAAACAAUCAUUUGAAGAGAGGGCUGCAAACUCCACAAACGUAAGAACUAACACGGGAAGUAAAAUGGAGCCCAUGGAACAAAUAAAGACUAAAUGAACUAUAAUAACUAAGAGGGCAAGGAGGACAUUACUACUAUGAAAGUAACAGACAAAAAAUCAGAUAUUUAGAUAAUACCAAAUAUUGCCAAAAUAAAAUCCUCAAAAAUGGGCUGAAUAGCAGAAUGGACACAGCUGAAAUGUAAAAUAAUAAAUCUGGACAUAAGGCCUAGGAAUGCUGCUGAGAAAAUAGAACAAAGAGCAAAGAUGUAUUUUUUUAAAAAUGUAAAGAGACAUGGAGUACAUAUAAAUUCCACUGUUCUGACAUGCAUCUUAACAGGGUCCCAGGAGGAGAAAACAUGAGGGAAUCUUGGGGUGGUGGGAAUGUUCUAUCUUUUGACCAUAUCAGUGUCCAAAUGUCCAUUUCCUGGUUGUGACAUUGUGCUAUAAUUUUGCAAGAUGGUAUCAUUGGGGGAAAUUGGGUACAGGCUACAUGAGAUAUAUCUUAAACUGCAUGUAAAUACACAAUUCAAUAAAAAAGAUAAAUUAAAAAUGAA